AUGAGCUACCGCCUCGAAUACGCCAAGCUCGGAACGUCCAAAUGUCGGGGACCCAAACCGUGCUCUGGUACCAAGAUCCCCAAGGGCUCGCUCCGCUUCGGCACGCUCGUCACGAUCCAGGGCAACUCGAGCUUCGCGUGGCGCCACUGGGGCUGCACGACCGCCAAGCAGUUCCACAACCUCAAGGAGUCGUUCGAGGAGGCCGAAGAGCUCGACGGCUACGAGGACCUGACGCCCGAGGACCAGGAGCGCGUCAAGAAGGCAUUCGAGGCGGGCCACGUUGCGGACGAGGACAUCCCCGACACGGCGCGCAAGCCCGAGCCCGAGCCCGGGUCCGACGAGGACGGCAACGAGGUCGAGUCGCCCAAGAAGAAGCCCAAGGCCAAGGGCGCCGCCGCCAAGAAGAAGGCGGCCAAGGCCAACGGCGACGGCACCGACGACGACUUUGACGACGAAAAGCCCAAGAAGAAGACGGCCGCCAAGAAGGCGCCGGCGAAGAAGGGAGGCAAGAAGAAGAAGGCCGACACGGACGAGAGCGAGGAGGAGGAGGCCGUCAGCACCGGCGGCGAGUCCGAGGAGGAGGCCAAGCCCAAGAAGAAGGUCGCCUCGAAGCGCAAGGCCGCCAAGGUCGAGGACGACGACGAGGAGGAGGAGAAGCCCAAGAAGAAGCGCGCCGCGUCCAAGAAGAAGGCGGCCAAGGCCGAGUCCGAGUCCGAGGAGGAGGAGAAGCCUAAGCCCAAGAAGCGCGGCCCGCCGAAGAAGCGCGGCAACCACUCGGACGACGAGUAGCUCCCUCUCUCGACCUUUCCUCCUCUCAACCUCUCGAGCCUCUCCCUCGCCUGGAUACCCCUUUCUCCCGCUUGAUUAUGCAACUCCUCGUUUAGGUGAG